CUAUUUCGCUGAUAUCUCGCAGAUCAACAGAACUGCUUGAUCCUGCAACAACAUAAUCAUUAGGCUCAAGCUAACUAGUAGUAUAGUACUAGAAGCUCGUGUAUUUUUUGCCCAAUCACGAUACACACUUCAACGGUGACUUGUGAUGGUAUUUCAUUAGGCCGUUUCCCGAUCCGAGCCUUGCAGCGAGAGCUCCGGUCACCGCUAGGACUGCAGGAGGACUGCGGCUUUGUAUUGAAUUGCGUUGAGGCGUGCGCAGCCUAGCCUCCUUCUGUUUCCACAGCACAGCGAGACAUCGUGUGACCAGGCCCAGAUCACUCUUGAUGCUGGAUGCUCAGUAGAUGUUAGAAAAAGGCGUAGUGCUGGGAAAACUUGAAUCCGCUCGGCAACUAAUUACUUCGUUCAGCAGACGGGGCCGAAUUGUGUUCCAGACAGUGUGCUCUCGGGUUGCGGGCAGUUAUGAUUCCCGCAACUGAAUUUCGACGAGGCCUGGUACUCCUGGCCGGUAUAGGUCUGCUGAUUGCGACGUAUGGUAGUGGUAGCGGCACUGUCGUGUGUCCUGGAGGUCGGACGGAGUGCGACGACGGAGAGACGUGCUGCCAGAAGGCGACCGGUGAUUAUGGCUGCUGCGGGGCGGUGAACGCUGUGUGUUGCAGCGACCUGGUUCAUUGCUGCCCAGAGGGGUACUACUGUGAUCCACACGCCCAGGAAUGCAAGCGUAGUGGCACCGGACGACUACUUAGCCUGCCCUUCCUCAGGCUGGAGUCAGAGACGAGACACAAGCAGAGGAGCAAGCUCAACUCAGCUGAUACCCUUAUCAUUGAAACGCCAGUGAACAUGGGAACGCAUGACAGAGAUUUCAUCACUGUGUCAAGAACAAUGUGCCCUGACGGCCAUGAUUGCCCUGGCAACCAGACAUGUUGCCUACAGAAAAAUGGUAUGUAUGGCUGCUGCACGCUAGAGAAUGCAGUGUGCUGCUCGGAUGGUGUGCACUGCUGCCCAGCAGACUUCACGUGCACGCACAAUGGCACGCACACUGGAUGUGAACAAGAAGGCGUAGUAUUGACACAAGCACAUACCUUGUUCCUUACCGAGAAACUAUGACAAUGCGCAGAGCAAUGCUUUCGGAACACAUGCCGGCAUGAAAAACAGGUUUGGUCUUGUUUGCAUGCUGCUGUUACGUCCUGAAAAGAGAUGUAUCCCGUGACUGGGUACUGCCAUGAAUUCAUGAAACCCGGCCAUGGGGCUGUUUUCUACCCAGCUGAGCUUAGAACUUUUUGCCAAAUGUUGAGAAGUAUAGCAUUGAGCUGCUCUUGGUGUAUUGCUCACAUUAUCAAGUAUAAGUUUAUACAAAAGAAAAGGGACCAAUGAACUACAAGUUACGCUAUAAUGUCCACUAACACCCCUAUCCUUGGCUCUCCAUCCGAGUCCAUUAUCAAGUAUUAUUAUCAUCGUAAAAAAUAUCAUCCCAUCACCGUGAUGACUCA